CGGAAUAAUGGCAAGCAGAGAUUAAAGUUGUGAAUGCUGCGCGCGUCUGCCCGAUGAGUUAACUGCGGAAAUUCAAUAAUGCACAUAUCAGAUGUUGAAGCAGCGUGCUUGCAAAGCAGUGUUGGAACUUUCACGGCUAAUGACUUCGCCAUACAUUUGGAUAAUAGAGACUCGAAUCAUGGUCAACCGACCCUUUCAUUUGCAACCACAAAACUGCGAAGCCGUUUAGGUCGCCACAGGAGAGGGAUUUAAAUACCGGAGACCUCGGAAAGACGUCAGUGGCGUGGUUGUUUGUUCCAAAGCUCCAACGAGUGUUUCUUUAAGUGCGUGUGUGGAGUUCUCCUGCACCGGGUGAUAGGAGGGGUUGGAGAGUGACGCUGGCUGCGCCUUGGUGCUGAGCGGAGCGCUCACCUGCACAUGAGAGCCGGGGGAACUCGGGCCAGAGCUGUAGCACACUCACGGAGCACAAGGAGGGACGUAACAGUCUGAGCAAGAAGGAGGGAAAUUACACAUUUACUGGAGAAGAAUUACGAAUCUAGCCUCUUUUUGGUUCCUCGUCCAGGCAUCCUGGCUCGCUCGCUCGCCACGAUGAGAACUGACUUCGCUCUGGUCCUGACAGCAGCCCUUCUUCUUGACACAUUCUGGAGGAAUAAUGGGGAGCAUGCUUCCAAAGAUCCCUGCCGACCUGGCUUCUCACAAAGCUUCUACUCUGUGCUGAUUUCAAGGGAUGUACUGCAAAGCCAGGGCAUACUUAAAGAUACCACGGUGUCAUCACAAAAAGUGAAGUUCAAUGACUGCAUGGGGAAUGAAGCUGUGGUUUUCCAGAGCAGUGACCCUUUCUUCAGCGUGCAGACAGAUGGGUCCAUCUUUGCCCAGGGAGAGGGAGCCAGCCUGGACGAACCUGUCCAGUUUAAACUGACAGCAAGUGGUCCACACACACGUGUCUGGGAGACCGUUGUCCAACUGGCCCUAAUUGACUCACCAUCACCUCAACAAAAUGAAAACGAGGUCACAAAGGAAGAGGGGAAAGUCGCUGAGAGAAAAGAAAGGAAGGAGGAGUCCCAAGCACCACCUCCAGUCAUCAUGUUCUCAGGGUCCGGUCUGAACAGCUCCAAGGGUCUACGGAGGCAGAAGAGGGACUGGGUGAUCCCACCAAUUAACGUGGCAGAAAAUUCUCGAGGACCGUUCCCUCAGAUGCUCGUCAGCAUUCGUUCAGACCAGGACAAGGACAUCUCGAUCCGAUACAGCAUCACUGGGGUGGGGGCAGAUCAACCACCCAAUGAGGUGUUCAAUAUCGACCCCGUGCUUGGAAAGAUGUUUGUCACCAAACCUCUUGAUCGAGAACAUCGCUCUUCUUACCAUCUGCGAGCCCAUGCGGUGGACAUGAAUGGGAACCAGGUUGAGAACCCCAUCGAUCUGUACAUCUUUGUCAUCGACAUGAAUGACAACAGACCUGAGUUCAAAAACCAGGUCUACAAUGGCUCUGUGGAUGAAGGCUCUAAACCAGGAACGUAUGUGAUGCACGUGUCAGCGUUCGACGGUGACGACAACACCACAGCUAAUGGAAUGGUGCGCUAUCGAAUCCUGUCCCAGAUGCCACACACCCCCAUCCCGAACAUGUUCACCAUCAACAGUGAAACUGGAGAUAUUGUGACUGUGGCACCUGGUCUCGAUCGAGAGAAAGUGUCCCAGUAUACAAUCAUUGUGCAGGCCACGGACAUGGAGGGCAACCUGAACUUUGGGCUUUCCAACACAGCCACUGCCAUAAUCACUGUCACCGACAUCAACGACAACCCUCCCAUGCUGACAUCCAGAACUUUUUCCGGUGAGGUCCCAGAGAACCGAGUGGAUCUUGUGGUGGCUAAUCUGACGGUGAUAGAUGCUGACCAGCCUCACUCGCCAAACUGGAACACCAUCUACAGGAUCAUCAGUGGAGACCCAUCUGGGCAUUUCACUAUCCGCACUGACCCUGUCACCAACGAUGGCAUGGUCACCGUGGUGAAGCCAGUAGACUUUGAGAUGAAUCGUGCCUUCAUGCUGACGGUGGUGGUGUCCAACCAGGCCCACCUAGCCAGUGGCAUCCAGUCCUCUCUCGAGUCCACAGCUGGGGUCACCAUAUCUGUCCAGGAUGUCAACGAACCCCCUUACUUCCCCACGAACCCAAAACACAUCCGCUUUGAGGAGGGCGUCCCUGCUGGCACCAGCCUGACCACCUUCUCAGCCUCCGAUCCCGACCGACUACAGAUGCAGCAGACAAUCAGGUAUUCAAAGCUGAACGAUCCUGCAGACUGGUUGUCCAUCAACAGAACCAAUGGUCAGAUUGUAACCACUGCAAUGCUCGACCGGGAGUCUAUCUAUGUCAAAAACAAUAUAUAUGAAGCCACAUUCCUGGCAACAGACAAUGGCUCUCCUGCAGCCAGUGGCACAGGCACGCUGCAGAUUUAUCUGAUAGAUAUUAAUGACAACCCUCCAGCGCUCAUACCCAGGGAGUCUCAGAUCUGUGAGCGGGUGAACAAGAAUGUCCACGGUGUUAACAUCACUGCCGCUGAUGCUGACACAGACCCCAACGCUGGACCCUUUGUCUUUGAGCUGCCCAACUUUCCCACCAGCAUCCGACGCAACUGGACAAUUUCUCGGAUCAGUGGUGAUUACGCCCGUCUAGGGCUGCGGUACCAGAUAUAUUUAGAGCCGGGGGUGUAUGAGGUCCCUGUAAUUGUGUCAGACUCUGGGAACCCUCCGUUGUCCAACAGGUCGGUCAUCAAAGUCAAGGUGUGUCCCUGCGAUGAACACGGAGACUGCACCACUCUCGGGGCCGUUGCGGCUGCUGGCCUGGGAACCGGAGCCAUCAUCUCCAUCCUCAUCUGCAUCAUCAUUCUGCUCAGCAUGGUGCUAUUGUUUGUGGUGUGGAUCAAGCGCAGAGAGAAGGAGAGACACACCAAGCAGCUGCUUAUUGACCCUGAAGACGAUGUCAGAGACAACAUCCUCAAAUACGAUGAAGAGGGAGGAGGAGAGGAGGACCAGGACUACGACCUAAGCCAGCUGCAGCAGCCUGACUCCUUGGAGCACAUCAUUAGCAAGCCGCCUGGUGUCCGCAGGGUGGAUGAACGUCCCAUCAUCCCUGAGUCCCAGUACCCAAUCAGGCCUGUCGUGCCCCACCCUGGAGACAUCGGGGACUUCAUCCACGAGGGUCUGCGAGCAGCAGACAAUGACCCCACAGCUCCUCCAUAUGACUCCCUGCUGGUGUUUGACUAUGAGGGCAGUGGCUCUACCGCCGGCUCCGUCAGCUCCCUCAACUCAUCCAGCACGGGGGACCAGGACUAUGACUACCUCAACGACUGGGGCCCCCGCUUCAAGAAGCUGGCCGACAUGUACGGAGGAGGGGAUGAUGAUUAAAUCUGCCCAGUCAAACAUACACACACACACCUUCGUUCCGUCAGCUGGCCUGCCAUGUUCUGUCCCUCUAACACAUGGGGCUAUUAAACCCUUAUUGAACACAAGUUACCAAUGACAUGUUCACACUGACCAACUGACUGACCAACCAACCAAUCAAAUUACCCACCACAGAGGACCGGUGUUGUGAGUCAGUUCCGGGUGCUCUUCUCAACCGUCUCCUGCUCUAAGACUGAAACGGAAGCUCUGAAUUUGCAGGCUUCACAUAGUUUGUAUUUUCAAACGCUUGUGCUUUUUUUCAUUUUUGGUUUUAUGCUAGAUGUAGGUUUUAGUUUUUAGUUGUCAGGUUUUGUUUUUCCUUUAGUUUGUGUAGCUUUUAUUGUUUUGUCCACACUCCCCUUUGAUUCGAGCCGUUCCCUAUUCCUGAGGGUUUUCACUUUUCCCUCGCUGUCAGCUCCCGCCUGCCUCUCUGCAGAAGCUUUAGGUUGAGCUGCUUGCUUUGUCUGAGGGGAAAAGAAAAGAAGAAAGAUAUGAAAGUCCUUCCUACACAGAGGGCCCUGGUUUAUUCUUUCUUGAACUUUAAUUACUUAGAACAGAAGCACUGUUGUUUAAAAAGUGCCUUCAGUGGUGCGUAUUUUAGCCGACUCCCGCUAACUCAGGAUUGGUUGCCAUUUUCUGGGCUUACAUGCCUCCAUAUGACCCCUGACCCUUUAACUCAGACCUCCCCUUGUCAUUUCUACCGUCCUGCAGGGCUGUGGUAGCUGCAGGAGAUGUCAGUGUCGGUUUCAGAGGAGCAUUGACUGGCUUACGCGGGCGCUUUAUGUAGACAUACUGUACAUAGGCCUACAGUGUGUAUGUAAGUUAUGGACAAAUCAUUAACUUUUCAAGUCAGGCGAAUACGUGCUCCUAGAUCACAGCCAACUUGAAUGUGAUUACUGAAAUCACAAAAAAACAUUAUGGGGCUGUCUUAGAGAUGAAAUGCAUUGCGUGUUUUUGUUAUUUGUGGCUUCAAUAGUAGCUGUGUUUGUUUUGAGCUCUCAGUAUUUGCACAAAACUUGAUGAGGCUUGUUACGAAAUUUUGAAGAUUGAAAAGUCAUACGUGUUAUUGUAUAUGAAGUAGGCAUGAGGGUUAUUUAAGGAGACUUUGCCUUUUAAGAUCAUUUAAGGUGUGCAUGUUUAUCCCUUCACCCAAAGGUAAUUAACAUGGCACCAGUUAUUUUGUGGUAAAUGUGUCAAAGAAAACUAUAUAAGCUGUACAAACAUGAGGGAAAAGAAAAUACUAGAUGACUUUAAAAAGCUCUGACAGCAUUACAUACAAAGUUGUGAGCUUGUACGAGCCCCAUUAUGAGAUCCCUUUCUCUCUUUUGUAUAUUUUUUCUUUUGUUGAUUCACUGUUGUUUUUCAGCAAACUUUUAAUAUACAAACUUUGGUGCUGGUCCCUGUCACAGAAACUAGGGGAACUGAGCCUCAGCCAGGGAUUUAGCGCCUUCACAAUCUGUCUCUCUUCAGGCAGCAUUUCAUUCAUCUGAAAUUUUCUCCUGAAAUGUUUGGCCACAAGUUCAAGAGGUUUUGAAAAGAAGUUAGAGUAAGGGAAAGUCUGUUGUGAAGUUCUGUACUUUAUCAAUGCAGACUUGCAAAACUAAAGCUUCAGUAAUAGUGCUUUAAAAGACAAACAUUUUGAAUUCUUGUUGUGACUUAAUGAAAAAGCAGCACUACCCAUGGGCUUUUGUUAUUACAUUUCAGACCCCCAGAACUGCAUAUAGAGAACUGAAAAGAGAGCUUUAGUCUUUGUAUUAAAUUAUUUAAAUAUGCAAAACAUUUUAAAAAAAGGACAAGGGUGAAUGAUAGAAAGGUUUAAUCAUUCCUUAUCUUCUGAGAGCCCAAUGAAACACUCCUCGGUUGUAGCCAGUUUCAGCUUGAUGUUGAACAGAUCUUCUAUUAAUUGACAAUGAAUAUGAUGAAUGCUUGAAGGGAAUCUCAGUGACAACAAUGUUCUUCAGAUCCUCCACCUCUCAUUUUUCUCUGGCUGCUUUUCAACUGUUCCUCACCUGCUCAUGGUUCAUAUGAAUUUUAUGAAAUAAGCUGUAGAUAACAACAAUCUUUAGUUUUCACAAAGGGUAAUAUAAAUUGUAACUAUACUUCAGGCUGGAUAGAAAAGAAUUAACUUCUGACAAGAUAUACAUUGAAAAAAUGUCAUGUUUAUGCAAUGAAACAAUAAAAUGAUGAAAGUUUGAUUUGACUAUAAACAAGGGAAGACAGGUCAUAGUAUAAUUAAUAAGGUCAACAGGGUAGGAAUCUCUUGAUAUGGAUGAAUACAUAAAUGGGCGAAUAUUGCACCUUGCUAUGUAGAAACUGACAGCAGCUAUGUUCAGGAUAGCUGUCAGUUUAGAGCGAAAACAGAGUAAGAGAAACUGAGUCAUUUCCACAGCUUGCUGCUAGAUAAGCUGUUUAUCUAUCCGAUUGCUCCUCAGCCUACAGAAUAUCUUCACAAAAUAAACACAGCUGUUACUUUCUGCUAUUUGUGAUUAUUUCUGACCUAUAAAUGUUGUAUAUACAGAACAUUUUUAUACAUUUGGUAACAUAAUUUCUGUGUGGUCUUUGGAUUUUCUUUCACUCCAGUUUUGUUUUAAUGAAUACUUGGCAAGGUAUAUUUCACCACAAAAAGCCAUGUGCAUUUAAGAGAAUCUGUAUGAUUCUAUAUGAGCUUACAGCCAUACUCGCAUCGCUGUUCAAGUUUAGCUUCAUCGUGGUGAAAAGGUUUCACUUCAAACCAACUUGUACAGUCUAUACUAGCACACACUCACUCCUCUAGGCCUUACUGUAUAUAUGUGAGUGUUCUAUAUUAUACUGUAUGAGCCCUUCCAGCACUGUUCUAAUUCAGCUGCAGAGCUCCAACAUUACUGAAGGCCAUGCAGUGUUCACAGAAUAAAGGCGUGCUUCAGAAAAUGCUUGUGCUCUCUAAUCAGAUGUUCAGACCGGGUUCAGGGCCAAACAUAGCAGGAGGCCCACACAUACACACACUUCACACAAGGUAACUGACCUUUAUACAUAUAUACAUACUUGACACAAUGCCAUUAUGAUACUGAAUGUUAUCAAUGACUUGCAUUGACACAUGGCAGCAAAUCAUCAGUGGAGUCGGUCUUAACUCUCCUUUUAAAUGCAAUUAGUGAGGAGAAAUGAAGGAAGAUUGAUAAUUACUUGUUACAUACUUGGUCCACUUGUCUUAUUGAUGUUCUCUUACUUAAAUAAGGGGGGAUUUAGCAAAUGAUAGAAUGAAGGAAACACUAUUGAACUGCUGUAGUCCACCACUGUCCACUGGCUGUGUCAACAACGGCUCUUCUGCCUCUCUGACUGGUGUUAGUUAAAGGACACUUGGUCUCACUUGGGACACUGCCCAUGGACACACAUGACGGGAGGCUCCAGCAGAAGUCAGACUUUUCCUCUGCUAUGGACAGAACUACAAAGACAGACAGGCAACAGUGUUUCAUACAAAACCCAAUACUGCUCAAGUCCAAGUGUACAUAAUGUAGUAUUUGCUUGAAGCUAAACAGACCAAGUUAGGCAAACUGUACCUGUACAAUUGGAGCUUUUUGCAUGUGUCUUUUUAUAAUGGACAGAUGAGUUCUAUUACAGUAACCAUACAACAUGUUAAAAUGUGUCGCAGCCAGCAUGACCGAGGUUGCAGUCCAGAAGGGAUUCUGCUGUACCAUACUCACUUAGUUUCAAAUGGAGGAGAGAAAAAAACCUGAAAAAAGUAUUGCACACUUAUUGAGUCAAAAGACUUUUUUUGUAAAUUGUCAACAGCACAAAUAUUUUGUAUUGUUGUUUGUACCAUUUUGUAAGAAAAUGAAGAAAAGACAAAAAAAAAGGGAAAGAAUCUCUUGUUUCAAGCGUGUGUUUAUAGUGCCACUGCAAUCUUGGUUUCCAAAUACCAUACAGUAAAUGCGCAGCCUUGCAGAUCAACCUUGUAAUAUAGAUGCCUAGCUGGAGACUCCCUGUCAGCACCAUGUGUUAUAAAUAAAAUGUCCCCUCCUUAUAAGAA